AUGGAAGAGGUUGAUGAUGGGGGAAAAAUUGAGGCCUUGAAACGGCAAUCGGGAAGACCGGCAGGCAAGAGACAGCAGGGGAUGGGUCGGAGUGGCUCUCUUAGUAAAGCAGGGAUCACAGGCGUUGAUGGGGAGUAUUCAACAGGCACUGGCCCAAGUUUGAAGGAAAUUAGGCAGUGGACCACGCAUAAUAACCUGGCGGCUAUGGAUUACGUUAAAACGAUUGACCUUACAUGUAUUCCAACACUCGUCGGACAAACCAAAACGAUACCGCGCAAACAAGGUGUCAAGUAUCGAUUGUGCACAACCCACCGGCCCAGGCUCGAGUGGGUCGGGUUAGUGCGCCUGUUGUCAGGCGUCUAUUGGCUGGAGAAUUAAAGACGGGCAGGGAUCGCUGGGCCUGGCCAAUGGGCC